GGAAAUUUUGGUGAGGUUUUUAGAGGAACGCUGCGAGAUAAAACCCUGGUGGCCGUGAAAACUUGUAAGGAAGAUCUACCACAAGACCUCAAGAUAAAGUUCCUCUCAGAAGCCAGGAUCCUGAAGCAGUAUGAUCACCCCAACAUUGUGAAGUUAAUAGGCGUCUGUACCCAACGGCAGCCCAUUUACAUAGUAAUGGAGCUCGUACCAGGCGGGGACUUUUUAUCAUUCUUAAGAAAGAAAAAAGAGGACCUCAAGACAAAGCAACUGGUAAAGUUUGCAUUAGACGCUGCUGCCGGAAUGGCAUACCUGGAGCUAAAGAACUGUAUACACAGGUGAGAA